UGUUGUUGGCGAUAAAAGGGGCCACUACGUAAUCAGUGUCAUGACCGUGGAAGAAAAAGAAUAACUGGUUGUGGGAUAGGAUUGUAGAAAAUCGAAUCGACCAAAUAUAAUUGUCAACAUCGCACGCUACUGCAUAGCUGUCGUCUGAGCCGAAAUCCGAUAAGGGAGCGAUCGGUGCACCAGCUGGCAACGCCGCUUGGGAAUGUCAGACGUUGUCAGGCCCGGCUAGGGGAAACAUCGGGCGAUCGAGGCCACGCCAGUGCCGCCACCGCCGGCGAUCUCUCGCACUACAGUACAGUACGCCAGUUCGUGAACAGCUAUGGCCUCCGCUAAAGACACGGCGACGUUCUUCACGCACGGUACUCACACGCAGUUCGAACAGGUCCUCAAACUCUACCCCACAGCCCUCAAACUCAAGGCGGAACGCAGGGCCAAGAAGCCGGAGGAGCUCCUCAAAUUGGACAAUUGGUAUCAGAAUGAACUCCCCAAAAAAAUAAAAAGCAGGGGCAAGGACGCCCACAUAAUCCACGAAGAGCUCGUCCAGUUGAUGAAAUGGAAACAAUGUCGUGGCAAAUACUACCCCCAAAUCUCCUACUUAGUAAAAGUAAACACACCAAGAGCCGUCAUGGCAGAGACCAAAAAAGCAUUCAGGAAACUUCCAAAUCUCGAACAAGCCAUCACCGCCUUAUCAAAUUUAAAAGGUGUAGGCACAACGAUGGCUUCAGCACUGUUAGCGGCAGCGUGUCCAGAAAGCGCCCCUUUCAUGGCCGAUGAGUGUCUACUGGCGAUCCCGGAUUUCGAAGGCAUCGAUUAUACCACAAAGGAGUACCUGAAGUUCGUCAGUCACAUCAACGCGGUGGCAGAUAGACUGAAUAAGGCCGCAAAGGAAAAUAACAGGCCGGACGCUAUCGUUUGGUCGCCCCAUAAAGUCGAGCUGGCGCUGUGGACACAUUAUGUUGUUUCAGACAUACAGCCGGAGUUGCUCUCUACUGUACUUUUAGAAAAUGGGAACUCGAUCCCGCCGGCGAUCGUGCACCAAAACGGCGACUCCCUCGACACCACCACGUCCGAAGAGAGCAACCAAGGCCUGGCGAACGGAAAAUCAGCAACGCUGAUCGACGAGGACACCAACACCUCGUUUGCGGACAACAGCAGCCCUGCCUCCAUAGAAGCCGAAGAGACGAACGAUUCGGUGGUCUCGGAUUCGACAAAUGAUUCGAUGGCUCCUGAAAUCAAACGAGCCCUUGAAGAGGACGAUUCCAACUCGAUGGAGGCCCCCAACAAAAAACUCAGGGAGGACGUACGAGAUAAGUGACAAAUACGGGCGUAUCAUUAAGUUUAUUAUUUUUUUAACUAAAUUAAAAGAUGUAAUCGUGUAAGGUUUAGAUUAACUGUACACACAACUGUUUUUUUGUCGUGGUCAAGUGGGGGUUUUUGAGUGUAGCUCUGUGUGUUACUUCUCCUCUCAUUAUCCUCCCAAGUGGCACUCAAAACGGACCCAUUUCAUGUUAUAUUUGCCCCGUAAAACAGAAAUCUUCACAGAGAUAGAAAUAGUUGCGUGUGAUUCGUGCAAGAGUCUUUAGGAUUUUCGGCGGCGCUUUGUUGUUCGAGGUGAAUAAAAAGGGAGGGGCCGCAGUUAAAACUAAAUUGGUACGUCCCUUUUUUGCAUUUGCCAAACAACGAGGUUACCACUUUGAGUAAAAUUUUCACCUGAAAUAUCGACAUAUUUCAUUGUAAUAUUUGUUUUUCUGUAUAAUUGUUCCGUUGUUUUUUAUAUGUACAUGUAAGUAGUCGCAUUAUUUUGAUACCGAUCUUAAUCAACUUUCUUAUUAUUAUACAUGUAAGAAUAGACUAAGUAAUUUAUUUUUCAUUGUUUUUUCGUUUUAAAUUUAGGCAUUCAUUUUAUUAGCGUAAUUGACGAACAUUCCAAUUUUUCAUUUGACUUUUAUAUUACUUACGAAAGGUUACAUGAACUUUUACAUUUGAAGAUGUGUUGUUGCGCAGUGUACAUAUGACAUUUCUUUAGUUUCCUUCCGUUCAGUGAUUACAUCAGGAGCAGACUUCAAAUGUGAAUUUUCGCAUCGGUGUUAUAAAAUCGUAUUCAACGGGAGUACAAACCAACCAAUUCGGAAGAGAAAAUCAGAAACCAAGGCACGCGAUUUUGUAAUUUCGAGUUAGAGAUGCUCCAUUUUAAUAUAAAAUAUUUAUAUGAUAUAUAGAUACAACAAAUAACUGAAUGCCUUUUAUGAAUAAUACUGUAGAAUGUAUACAUAACACUUUUACAAAAAACAGAUAGUUAGUGAAUUUAUUUAAAAUUAUAUAUAUAGUAAUGUGUUAUAUUUUUUAAAGUGGAUUAUGAAUGUCUUGAACCGACUUUUUUCAUGUUUUUUAUUCGCUCCUAUUCACGCCGCUUCUUGUAAUCAUAGCAAACAGGAGAUAUUCAUAAUCUGAACAAUGUAACUGUAAAAAUAUCAGUUGUAGAAAAUGAGUUUGAGGUUUUUUGUAGGAUAUUUUCAUAAAUAUAAAUCUUUCACGGCA